UUGAUUACCAUGCCAUGUCAGGCUACACAGAGAAGCCAUUGAAAUCCACAAGCAGUGCUUCUUGCUUCUUUCUCCCAACUUGGACCUCCUACAAAUAUCCUUGGACUGGACCCAUUGUUUUGGGUUGUUUUACUACAGGUGUGGGUAAUUUCAACAGAAAGGAGGAAACCAUGAAAAUUAACAGUAGCUGGCUUCCAGUAUUUUUAAAAAAACUCUAAAACCAGGACAGUAAAAUAAAGAACAACAUUCAGAGAACUGGGGAAUUCUAAACAAGAAACAAUCAGGGCCAGUUAACACCUCUCAAUAAAGGAUUUCCUCAGGCAGGAAGCAGCAAGGCUUUGAAUCUGCAAGGUCAUUCAAUGCCAAUCAAGGUGGCAAAUUGCAACAUUCACACUUGCCUUAGGCAGACAAGAGUUUUUUCUCCCACCCUGGACAUUGUUCCACCCCAUUUGCUUCUUUCUCCCAACUUGGACCUCCUACAAAUAUCCUUGGACUGGACCCAUUGUUUUGGGUUGUUUUACUACAGGUGUGGGCAAACUUGGUCUUGCUGAGGGGGAAAAGGGAGGGGCUUGAGGCUGUUAGGAAUGGUGGGAGUUGAACUCCAAAACACCUGGCUGGACCAAGUUUAUCCAUGCCUGUUUUACUCCCAUGUAAAUUUGAUGACACCCUACAAAUAACCGAUGUUGCUAUCAACAACAUCAACCACAUCUAUGGGCAGAAAAGAAACAGUUGAAGUGUAGAGCUAACUCUUUGUUUUGCCUUGGAACCCACUAGGAGUUGGUUUGUUUUUGACAGCGUCCCUGAAAGUUUAUUUCUGAGUGGAUCCUUAUUUAUUAAACCUCUUCUUUUGCCUUGACCCUGUGAGAUCUUUCAAAUCAUUCUCCAAACAUGACUGGAGGAAGGAAUGGAGAGCAGGAGGCAAGUGUAUUGUUAGAACCAAAUGCCACAUUUGAUUGCUUACUUCCAGAGAGUCAGUCAUCGAGGGACCUCAUCACACUAGAGUUUGGAUCCACUUUAAAUCCACAGGGAGGGGCCAGACAGGUCCUGGGCCUCACCAAACUACAAACCCCAGAAUUCUGCAGGAGGCAGAAGCUGGAUUUAAAGUAGAUCCAUGCUCUUGUUCAGAAUUCCUCUUCAUUUCUCUUCUUUCAUUUCUAGUCUCUUUUCUUAUAUGUAUGGAUUUUAGGGUUAGCUGAUCCAGGACAUUCAGAAGAGAGUUCUGGGCAGUUAAAUGAGAGAAGCUGUUCUGGUUGGGAGGGGGCGAUAGGGAAGGAGAGCACAGAAGAAGAUAUAGAUUCAGGAGGACAAAUUCAGGGUCUGGCGCCUCUUAAAGGGGCAGCUUCCCAGGAUUACGGAACUCCGCCUUCUCCCCUCCUUUCCCAGCGUGCACUGCAGGGAGCAGGGGAGAGAGAAAGAAGGAAGAAAAGUCCUGAAGUGGGGGAGGAGGAGUUUCGGGGAGAAAACUGUUCCAAGGGACUGAACUCUAGAGAUAGAAGACAUCUAGACCAGAACAGUCAUGCCCCCCAACAAGGAUGCCCCAGGCUGCCUUGGCUCACCCCCAGGCUUGAUCUGCUUGCCCCCCAUAUCUGAGGAUCUCCAGUUGGUGUGGACCCAGGCGGCACAAACAAGUGAUCUCGACAACAACCAGCAUUUGCUGCAAACAUUUAGCUACUUCCCCUAUCCCAGCCUUUCUGAUCUGGCCUUGCUCUGCCUGCGUCAUGGUCUGCACAUGGAGAAAGUCAAGGCCUGGUUCAUGGCACAGCGCCUUCGCUGUGGCAUUAGCUGGAGUGCUGAGGAGAUUGAAGAGACUCGGGCACGGCUGAUUUACCAUCAGGAUCAGCUUCACUUUAGUUGCCUGCUUGCUGGGAACGACGUUGACCCCUGGCACCAAUCUUUUAAAAGUCAGGAGUGUCACCAACUGUUACCUCCCUCUGUGUACUGCUCAAACAAAUAUCCAGAGAACCAGCAAACUUCUAUAGAUUCUUUAAACAACUGCAGCCCAGCCCAAGGAAAAGAGGAGGUUGAGAGAAUCACUCAGGAUAUUUGGAAACUGAAGAAAAAUGCUUUGUCCAACCACAGCAGGGCUCAGGAGAACUACGAACCUUUAGGGGCCUCUACACAUCUUCACAAUACCAAAGAGGCACCUUCUGGUGCUUAUCUACCUACCACAUCUGCCAGUCUGGGCCAUAAGUACGAGAACUCUCACAGUGUCACAUGGGGACUUCCUGCAGCCUCCAUGCAUCCAGCUGACCCUGUUGUGUCUGCAGUAAAUGGUGGGCAUCACCCAGGGAUUUUUUCAGCAGGUUCUUCUAUCAAAGCUACCCCAUCUUUGUCUACAACUACAACUAGUGGUAUUGACUCAUCUAACCCUCAAAAUUAUCAGUACAGUACGGGAGACCAGCAGCAUCCUUCAGGUUGCUUCUCAGACACUCUUCGCAGAACUAGGCGAAAGACAAAGGAACAGUUGGAUGUGUUAAAGUCUUUCUUCCUUCGUCACCAGUGGGCCCGGAGAGAGGAUUAUCAUCAACUGGAGAAGAUCACUGGACUACCACGUGCUGAGAUCAUCCAGUGGUUUGGAGACACUCGUUAUGCACUAAAACAUGGUCAGCUGAAGUGGUUUCGGGACAAUGCAGGGCAGAGUCCAGAGUCUGUCUCCUCACUGCCUCCUCAUCCACUUCAAAGCAACCAUCCAGACACAAGUCCACUGGAGCGCUAUUGGACAAACCAUCUACAAUUGCAAGAGCAUGAUUUACCAGCACUCUGUCACGAGUCAGGUAUGGAUGCUGAACAGGUGAUACAAUGGUUCAAUUCACACUCACCUGCCCCAUGUGAAGUAGAAGUAUGCUUGAGUGAGGAAGAAGAAGUAGAUGAGGAGGUGGCAGCCCAUAUGACAAAAUAUGACUAUGAAGACUAUGAAGAAGAAGAAGAAGAUGAGGAUGAAAAUGCUGAUGAUGAUGAUGAUGAAGAUUGGGUUGCCUAAUCUUCAUGUGGAUACUGGAAAUUCUGGGCUUUAGUGAUGGGUCUCAGGGAUGGAUCGACAAAUAAAAAUGAAAAGAAGUUGAGAGUUCCUACUUCAUCAGUAUCCUGCCAUUCCCAUUACUACUCAGUGGUUGCCCUUUCAUGUUCUAAUAUCUGUUUAUAUUUUCCUUAUGCUUUUAAUUUUUAAGUUAAAACACUGGUCCCUGUCAUUCAGUGAUCAUGUCUUAAAUCCUAGAGUUAAAACGAUGCUGGAAAUGGAGCUGGCAGUACCCUAUUAGAUUCCAAGAACCAUAGCAAGAACACCUUCAGUAGUUUGCUAGACUUGGAGGUUUCUUUUACAUAGCUUUUAUGUUAUUACCUGUUCGUUAUGCUGAUAGUUCAGAUUGGUUUCUACUUCUAGAAUCAUGUUAAUAUUUUCAUCUGCUGUUUUUGAUUUUUAGAGCUGGUAUCUUCCUUCAUUAUAAGACCUAAAACAUAAAUCUGGGAUGACAUGUG